UCCCAAUCUAAAGCACAGACGGCCACCCGGAAUAUGUAUCUCUGUCGGUGCAUCACUAAUAAAGGUAGGAUGAAAACAGCAGGCUUUGUUGUCCACUAAUAGAUUUAGCUCUCAAAUAUUCAAUAUACCACCCGGAGAGGCUCGUCAUAGAGUGGUCGGUCCGUGGUCAUCGUCCCACCAUCAAUGCUGCAUUCAAUACCGCUGAACGCCACGCUUUCGGUAAAAACAAGGCUGUGCGAUGUUCCAUCACAUCUAGGUCGCCCUAAUGGGAGCCAUAUGUAUGACCUACCCCCUCCCUGCUGCUUGUAGCCAAUCUAAAAGUUGGGAGAGUAGCAAGCUUCAUGCAAGACUGCGUUGUUCUGCUGCAGCCUGCAGGCGGGCGACGAUGGAGACCAAUAAAACCAAUACCGUCUAUGUGCCGUGACGCACGAGAAUAUUAGGUCCAUGCAGACUGCUCAUGAGGCUUUCUCGCCCGUCUACCAUUUGCUAUCCUCUUCCGGAUCGGGACGGGCUCUAAGUGUUACCGACUUAACCAAUAUUUAGAAGGUGUCUCCUCUCCCCAGGACCCAGAUAGCUUGCUGCCAUUGAUACCCGGGGCAGAUCAGGGCCAGUCCUAACCGGAAACCAGCAUUAUCUCCUGACCCUCCCCGUCACCAACUUGCAAAAAGCUAGUUGCGGGUUCGCCGACUUUGAGAGAAGAUGGCCGAGAUUUACUGUGCUUGCAUCAUUUCCAAUUUAGAGGGAAAGUGGCUUGUUCGUCCUCUGGUACAAUUUGAGACUGAAUUGAGUACGAGCUUGGAAGUACUCGAUAGACGUACUCGACGGCUUGAGGCUCAUGUUCACGUCGCGCCACCUCCCCCUCUAUUGGAAACUUCCUGGGACUCUUUAACAUGGCGUGUGUGCCGGUUAUCACGUAUGUCGGCCGGACUCAUGCUUAGGCAAGCACCGCCUUUAAGCAGCGCAGCAACUAUGCCGCUCAUGAUGAGCGCUAUCUCGAGCAUCGGCCCUCAGAGUCAGCUCGCCUGGCCCGGAAGAGAAGGCAUGGAGGACAAAGAACUUUUACGCCUGGCUGCACAAUGGCUAUGGUGCUUCGCUGGCCAGCGUGGUUUCGAGAUCAAGAACCCAUCUUAUGAAUUCGAGAAUGUCUGCUCAUUGGCACUGGACCUGUCGCUCGAGGCUGAGCCAACCUACCCGGGCCGACCACGCCUCGGAGUACAUCGACCCCAGACACUCCCGCCUGGGGUGCGAGUCAUCCCAGCUCCCCCGCCGCGGAGAUCAACCUGCUGCCAUUGUUGCACUCGUCGUAAUUGUAACGGCAGCUCAAGACGCGAUUCGAGUGUGAGCUCAGACGGAAGCUCUAUUAGGCGAAGGAAGCCAUCUCUUUACGGAUGGGUUAAGAAACUCGCCUUCUGGCGCAGGAAUCGGAUUGAUGAUGAUUCGUCAUCGACGUCAAGCACUUUGGCCGAUGAUUGAACGGGGAGGGGCGGCUUAAUCCGGUGAUGGAACGGUGUGUACUUUGUUAUUACAUGUCGGUGCUCGUGUGCUUUCUUGGGUCGGGGCAGUGGUCCGGGGGAAUAAAAAUGCAGCUUA